UCAGUCAGUCCCUGGUGACUCCGGUCUCCCGGGUGUCCCUGCGCCGCAGGAGCCGAGGGGGGCUGCGAUCUGGAGGGGGGUCACCGGCCCCCGCGGGCAGGAUGGUGGCCAGCCGGUCCCCGGCGCGCGGCCCCGGGAGCUGGCUGUUGCCCGGACUACUGUGGUUGUUGGCGCUCAGCGAUCCCGGGGGGCUGCUGCGAGCCGAGGAGCAGCCUUCCUGCAAGAAAGCCUUUGACCUCUACUUCGUCCUGGACAAGUCUGGGAGUGUGGCAAAUAACUGGAUUGAAAUUUACAAUUUUGUCCAGCAACUUACGGAGAGAUUUGUAAGCCCUGAAAUGAGAUUAUCUUUCAUUGUGUUUUCUUCUCAAGCAACCAUUAUUUUGCCAUUAACUGGAGACAGAGGCAAAAUCAGUAAAGGUUUGGAGGAUCUCAAGAAUGUUAGCCCUGUAGGGGAGACAUAUAUCCAUGAAGGACUAAAGCUAGCGAAUGAACAAAUUCGGAAAGCAGGAGGCUUAAAGACCUCCAGUAUCAUAAUUGCUCUGACAGAUGGGAAGUUGGAUGGUCUGGUGCCAUCAUAUGCAGAGAAAGAGGCAAAGACUUCCAGAUCACUUGGUGCUAAUGUUUAUUGUGUUGGCGUCCUUGAUUUCGAACAAGCUCAGUUGGAAAGAAUUGCCGAUUCCAAGGAUCAAGUUUUUCCUGUCAAAGGUGGAUUUCAAGCUCUUAAAGGAAUAAUCAAUUCUAUACUAGAUAAGUCAUGUACUGAAAUCCUGGAAUUAAGACCCUCAAGUGUCUGUGUUGGGGAGGAAUUUCAAGUUGUCCUGAGCGGAAGAGCAGUCACGUUGGGCAGUCGGGAUGACAGUGUUCGCUGCACCUACACCGUAAAUGCCACACAUAUAAAGAAUGUAAAACCAGUAAGUGUACAAUCUGAUUCUAUGCUGUGUCCUGCACCUGUACUGAAUAAAGCUGGAGAAACUCUUAAUGUUUCAGUGAGCUUUAAUGGAGGAAAGUCUAUCAUCUCAAGCUCAAUAUUAAUCACAGCUACACAAUGUUCUAAUGGGAUCGCGGCCCUCAUUGCUAUCCUGGUAUUGUUAUUACUUCUGGGCAUUGGAUUGAUGUGGUGGUUUUGGCCUCUUUGCUGCAAGGUGGUUAUCAAGGAUCCUCCUCCACCACCACCUCCUGCACCGAAAGAGGAAGAAGAAGAAGAUCCUCUACCGAAUAAAAAAUGGCCAACUGUAGAUGCCUCCUAUUAUGGCGGUCGAGGGGUUGGAGGAAUUAAAAGAAUGGAGGUUCGCUGGGGUGAUAAAGGCUCUACUGAGGAAGGAGCAAGACUAGAAAGAGCCAAAAAUGCCGUGGUGACUGUUCCUGAAGAAGAAGAGGAGCCCAUCAGGCCCAAACCACCUCGGCCCAAAUCUACACACCAACCUCCUCAGACAAAGUGGUACACGCCGAUUAAGGGCCGUCUAGAUGCGCUCUGGGCUUUGUUGAGGAGGCAAUACGACCGGGUGUCCUUGAUGCGACCUCAGGAAGGAGAUGAGGGCCGAUGCAUAAACUUCUCUCGUGUUCCACAUCAGUAGAAGGAAAGCAAGAAGAUGAAGAAGAAAAAUCACCGUUGUGUCACAUUGACGAUGCCAAAUUAUGUUAGCGUGAGCAGAAGCACUGUGGGGGAGGAAGAAGGCAGCAGCUGAAGAAAACAGCUCAAAUGAUCUAGUCACUUUCGAUACUGUACUUCAGAUGCGAAAUGGAUAUUCGACUAGAAACCUGACAAAGCGCGCCUGCUUUGAUGUGAACUGGUAUAGACAAUGACCAGUGGCCGGGUCAGUGGGAUGUCUCUCUGUGAGCACAAAGGCUUAUCAAAUGACACUAAAAAUAAGUUCAACAACCAUCACAUUGGAAGGGAGAAAGGCGAACACUUCAUGUUUGGCGGGCAUAUGAGUGCACAAGAUGGAAAGAACGGUUUGGAGCAUCCUGGUAUAAUUACCCCUAUUGUGCUUUUAAUGGAAAUUUCAAAGGACGGAAGUGAUACUGUUGGUUGGUGUCCAGAUUUAUGUCACUGCUCCAUGAAGCCUUAUGUACACACACAAAUACACACACACACACACACACACACACACACACACACACACACACACAUGCAUUCUCUAGCUUGAAUCUUCUGCACAAGUUUAUUUAUGUCUCUGGCUGGCUGGAUCCAAAGCCAUGUGUCCACAUAUACAUAAAUAAAAAUUUUAUCUGUGUCUGCACUAUCAUUUUCUUUCAGUUCAUUCUCAAAGCUCUUGCCUUCUUUGGUUGAAUAUAUAAUUGCCCUGGUUAAUUUCCGGAAUGGUAUUCUAUCCCAUUCCAAAAUAUCCAGCAUGUUCACAGAUGAUACUCUUGGCAGAAUCUAUGUGUAUCAAUCCAACAUGGAAGCCUGAUAUAGUAUACCCAACCCUGUUGCAGUGAGUUCUUGUAGACAUCUGUUCUCUAUUUGCAUCUGGAACAGGACCUAUAGCUAUUUCCUUAAAUGGAUGUUUUAUUUCUGAUCAAGUCACACCUAUUUUAAGAGUAUUAAGGAUGCUACAGAACCUAUGGCUAAUGCUUCUUUGAUAAUUUACAUUUCUCCAGAAUCAUAUAAUACACUUGUAUUUUGCUACAUGAGCAAUGUAAAUAAACCACUGUUUUUAAAUGAUAAAUUUGUAAUGGAGAUUUAUAAUGCAAAUACCACAGAGAGCUCUCAAUGAAGAGGGACAGUCAUUGGUUUCUAUGUAGGCUGAAAAACAGAUUUGUGAAAGUUCAAAGACAGAUACAAUUUCAUUGCCCUUAAGGAUAUAUACCAGUUCUGUGUUACGCUUUUCUUUGAUGAUUCUAACCAGCAAAUAAGAAUUUGUGUUAACAUUCUCUUACCAGAGGACAAGAUCAAAACACUCUGUACCUUUCAAUCAGGAAAAUUGAUUAGAAUAACGCCUUUUGUGUAAAGUUUUAUGGCACUUUUAUAUAUGUGGAGAAAAAUAGCUCCCAUGCAACUUUGUGGACAUGAUGUGAGUCAAGAUAUACUUUCUGUGUACAAAUGAGUAAGUCUUAUCCAUUAUCCAUUUGUGUUGCAUAAGGUUGCAAAACAAUUAAGUGGGAAAUGACUCCUAACUUAUGUGUCUACUCUGCCUAGAAAGAAAGUUUUGAAGGCAUCUAUAUAUAUUUCAUAACAAUGUCUGUUCUUUAUGGAUUUGAUCCAUAAAUAUUUAUCUAUCUGAAAACUUUGAUACUUGGAAUGUUUUCCUUAAAGCAUUUGGUACUCUAAGAAAAAACAUUUGGUGCUAAGAGUUGCAGCACUGAUGCCUUUCCCCAAGUUAAUUCUAUUUUAAAAUUUUAUAUUUCCUUCCCAAUGAGAUGCAGAGUAAAAUUUGAGUCUCCAUUGACUAAGGAGCAGCAUCUGUCAUCUAUGGUUAGUUGCUAUUUUGACAAAAAUGUAGAAGGUUUAAAAUCCCCUAUAUUUCAAGUUGUUAGAGAAGAGAUUUGCUUAUAUUUCCCUCGAUCUUUAUUCUAACCAGUUAAAUAAUAAAUUAUUCUCUAUUUUUAAAAAUAAAUCCUUAGUGGGAAUAACAUUUGAGUGUGUUUGUGAAUGUGUUAUCUGAAUGUUAUUGCUCAGGGGUGAAUUAUUGCUUAUUUUAUGAUUAAAAUGAAAUUUAUAUUAUGACUAAUAAAGUAGCUAAAACAUUUUGAUUGAA